AUGACCAAUGAUCUAGCCAAUCUCUCACUACACCAGCCGUACCAUGGCGAUGAUGCUGUGCUCAUUGGUGAUGGCUCUGGCUUGUCUAUCACUCAUACUGGUUCACUGUCCUUACCCUCUUCCUCUCACCCUCUUACCUUAGAUAAAACUUUAUGUGUCCCAAAUAUACAAAAGAACCUCAUUUCUGUCUAUCGCCUUUGCAAUACUAACCAAGUUUCCGUUGAAUUUUUUCCUGCUCAUUUCCAGGUGAAGGAUCUGAACUCGGGGGUCCCAUUGCUCCACGGCAAGACUAGAGACGAGCUCUACGAGUGGCCUAUUUCACCAAAAGCUGUCCAAACUUUCUUUACUUCUGCAUCACCAAAAACAACCCUUUAUGAGUGGCAUUAUCGAUUAGGCCAUCCUUCUCUCUCUAUUCUCAAAAAUAUCAUUUCAAAGUUUUCUCUUCCUUUCUCACAAUCUCCUACUUCUACUCAGUUAUGUACCGAUUGUGCUAUUAAUAAAAGCCACAAAUUGCCUUUUUCUCAAACCUCCAUUGUCUCCACACGACCCUUACAAUAUAUUUUCACCGAUGUGUGGACCUCUCCUAUCUUAUCCUUUGACAACUUCAAGUACUAUCUUGUGUUAGUAGACCACUACACUAGGUACACUUGGAUUUACCCUCUCAAAACUAAGUCCCAAGUCAAAGAAAUUUUCUUACCUUUCAAAGCCCUCGUUGAAAAUCACUUUCACACCAAAAUUGGCACCUUGUACUCUGACAACGGAGGCGAAUUCAUUGCUUUGCGAUUAUUGUUAGCAUCCGCCGGCAUCACUCACCUCACAUCACCACCUCACACACUAGAGCAUAACGGAGUCUCGGAACGCAAACACAGGCACAUCGUGGAAACUGGUCUUUCUCUCUUGACUCAUGCCGGAAUGCCUAAGACCUAUUGGACGUAUGCUUUCGCAACAGCCGUAUAUCUCAUCAAUCGACAACCGUCGCCAACAAUAUCCAUGGAAUCUCCAUUCCAAAAGUUAUUUGGCACAACGCCGAAUUACUCGAAGAUGCGGAUCUUUGGCUCACUGUGCUUCCCCUGGCUGCGUCCUUACACGACCCAUAAACUCCAAGAUCGAUCAGCCGCCUGCGUCUUUCUCGGAUACUCUCCAACACAGAGCGCUUACUUGUGUCUCCAACCUAAUUCCGGCCGACUCUAUGUCUCCCGCCAUGUCCAAUUCGACGAGCAAGUCUUCCCGUUUCAAACUCUCACUCAAUCUCCACCAACAACAGAAGAAUCUCCGGCAAACUCAUCUCCGCCGGCGAUUCGCCUUCCGCUGACAGCUCCACCACCGCCACUCGUAUCGCCGUCUCCGUCUCUGCCGCCGCCGUCUCCGGGACCCUCGCCUCCGAUUCCUCACCAGACAAUGACGCAGGGAACGAACUCGACGUCUGUGACUCGCGAUGCCGACAUUUCCGAUGAAGAUACUUCUUCGUCGAUCUCUAGUCACCCACAAAACAAUCAGGCCCAACCAAGCCCAAAUUAUUCUCCACAGGCCCAUACUAAUCCCUCACCAAGCCCAAACUUAUCACCAUCCACAACUGAAACCCAAUCCUCAACCCAAUCCCCUACGAUCCCAACUCCGCCCCAAAAUCCUUCUCCGUCUCCUCCUCCCUCGCCGGAACCGGCACCUCCACCAAAUGCAAACCCGACGCAAAAAUAA